GGUGAGGGACGUUGUUAAGGAGAUGAUUGAGGCAUCUCAAGGGCUUGUGGAGGCUCGAUCUCAGUGUAAUUAUGCUCCUUUAUAGCAGGUCAUAUCUGAAGAGAGUUGACUGGGGCGACAGACCACGGCAAAUACAAGGUCGACUUUAGUCUUACAGGCGUCCCCGUAGUAAGCCAAUUCGUCCCACGCGACACCGAGAUGCGACAGCUUGAGCAGUUCUUCCUCCACGACACGCCCGCAACGGACCGACGAAAGAUAUUCGUGGUUCAUGGCCUUGGCGGUAUAGGCAAGACGCAGUUAGCGGUUGAGUUCGCGCGGGAGCAUCGGCGCGGAUUCAGCGGGAUAUUUUGGCUGGACGGAUCAUCGGAGGCCAGUCUGAAGCAGACAUUUGUUGGCAUGGCGCAAAGGCUGCCAUGGGAGGAGCUGACGGCAGAUGGUGUGGAGAUGCUGAAGCAUUCGAACGUUGAUGUCGACGUGGCUGUGCGGGAAUGUCUCCGGUGGCUGUCCCUACCCUUAAACCGGCACUGGCUGUUGAUUGUCGACAGCGUUGACCGCGAGUACGACGACAAAGACGAUUCGCAAGCGUACAAGGUUGAGGACUAUUUCCCUCAUGCAGACCAUGGGUCAAUCCUAAUCACGAGUCGAUUAGGAAGCCUUCAGGGAGACGGCCCAGGACUUAUGCUAGGAACAGUCAGCACAGAGCAAGCGGUAGCUAUUCUGGAGAAUAAUGCUAGAAAAGUGGUUAAGGACGCUGACAUGAUUCUCGAGCGGCUCAACGGACUUCCUCUAGCACUCACUCAGGCCGGCUCGUACUUGCGAGAGACGAACGUGUCCACAUCGACAUAUGUAAAACACUAUGACAGAACCUGGGAGCGUCUAAUGAAAAAGCAGGGACGCUUUCGGCUGCAAGAGUACGGUGACCGAAAUAUCUUAACGACAUGGACGAUGUCGUACGAGCAGGUGAGGAGGCAGAGCGAGGAGGCUGCGUGCCUAGUCAAGCUCUGGGGAUGCCUAGAUUGGGGAGAGCUGUGGUAUGAGCUGAUUGCAGCUGCCUUGGAUUUAUCAGAAGUUAUAAACGUUCCAAAAUGGCUGCUCGAUAUAGCGGAGGAUGAGCUCGAGUUUGCCGACGCAGUAGGUCUGCUGUCGCGAUACUCGCUUGCUAAUGCAAAAGAAAACACCAACAGCCACUCGAUGCACUCGGUAUUGCACAAGUGGUGCUCCCAGCUGUCGGAAGGUGAUGAGAGGCAUGAUCUUUGUUGCUUAGCAGUAGGGCUGGUGGCAUCAAACGUACCUUCGCAAUCGGAGGUUGAGCCCUGGAGUAAGCGAAAACGAAUGCUGGCCCACGUAAUACGAGUGUGCAGGUGGGUAGUGGAAGAUAUUGCAUUUGAUGCGAGAGAUGUUAUCGAAGCUUCGGUAACGCCGUGGAUGUUUCAGUCCUUGGGAGAUUUACUUUCGGGCGAAGAUAGGCUAAAGGAGGCGGAGGAGAUGUACGAUCGGGCGCUGCAAGGAAAGGAGAAGGCACUAGGAGCGGAGCAUACAUCAACACUCAACACGGUCAACAACUUGGGCCUUCUCUACGCGGACCAGGGACGACUAGAUAAGGCGGAGGAGAUGUACAAUCGGGCGCUGCAAGGGUGCGAGAAGGCACUAGGAGCGGAGCAUACAUCAACACUUUCCACGGUCAACAACAUAGGCAAUCUCUACAAGGCUCAGGGAUGGCUGGAUAAGGCGGAGGAGAUGUAUAAUCGAGCGCUGCAAGGAUGCGAGAAGGCACUAGGAGCGGAGCAUACAUCAACACUCUCCACGGUUAACAACUUGGGCAACCUCUACGCGGACCAGGGACGGCUAGAUAAGGCGGAGGAGAUGUAUAAUCAGGCGCUGCAAGGAUGCAAGAAGGCACUAGGAGCGGAGCAUACAUUAACACUCUCUAUAGUUAACAACUUAGGCAAUCUCUAUAAGGCUUAGGGAUAGCUGGAUAAGGCGGAGGAGAUGUACAAUCGAGCGCUGCAAGGAUGCGAGAAGGCACUGGGAGCGGAGCAUACAUCAACACUUAACACGGUUAACAACCUGGGCAACCUCUACAAGGCUUAGGGACGGCUAGAUAAAGCGGAGGAGAUGUACGAUCGGGCGCUGCAAAGGUACAAGAAGGCACUUAGACGGGAAAAUGUUGCGACUUACCUACUAGCACUAAAUAUAACCUACAAUCUAGCCCUACUGUUUUCUAACUACAGUAAUAUAGGCAGAGCUAGAGCAAUAUACUUAAGGGCUCUAUUAGGGUAUAAGGAAGUCUUUAGAC